AUUUUUAUGCUACAUAAGCCAUAAAAUUUGACAGCUUGGCAGAAAUGAAAGCAGAAUCGAUAUGAUUUUAGUUUUUGGUGUAAUUGCGUAGCAUCAACAGAAAGGCCUAACGAUGUCCCCUCUCUUCUGCAAACUUAGUUUUGCUAAGCAUGGUCAUUCAGGAUAGAGUAUGGAGACUGCUUCAGAGCCUGAGGUGUGGGGCACUGCCACUGUGUGGUGAGCAUGGCUAGAUGCCUGGCACUAAAAUUGUUCCCAGGGCCUGAGACCUCAAGCAAGUGCCUUUACUUCAUGUUCUUAAAGCCUGCUUCACCUGCAGGGAGUUUGCUCUGAGUUUUUCUGUUUCUUUGGAAGCUGCUGUAACCCUCCUGCCAAUUGAAUCAUCCACACCCACUGAACCUGGUUACUUGCUGCUCCUUCCCUCACAGUGACCUACUGUGUCACUUGGCCUCCAUCUUUCUGCCCCUUUCCGUGGCGUUUUCUGUUCACUGGAUUGUGUAGGUGUUAGUGCAUGCUGUUGUACCAGUGUCAGUGUCCCCUCACUGCAGAAACUGCCUUCCCUGUAGGUCCUGUUAAAGCUUUAGGCUGGUAACUAUGCAGCUGUGUGGAUGUUGGGUUUAUGCUGUAUAAGCCAGGAAAGCUUAGCAUAGAACAUGCCACACCAAACCACUGGGUUGAACUGGUUGGGUUUGCACUUGAAAUGCCAUAUAUCUUCCUCCAUUGUGCUCUGGCUAGAAAGUUGUUGGGAAGUCCUCAUUCUGCCUUUCCCCCCCCCAGUGUUAAUGCAUUUCAAGGAAGUGUAAUAGGGUUCAAGUUUCUGAUCCCAUCCCCUCCUGCAUGUUGUCAUUAAAUCCUCUUAAGGCUGACUGAUUCUUUUUAACAAUUUGCAUCUCUUGCUACAGAAGACCAAUCUAGCAUGUGUUCUUGGGGAACAUGCCCAAGAAAGGAGGGAGGCAUGCUGACAGGGGAAAUGAUGGGCCCGUACAGUGUAAACGAGCAAAGGUGGAAGCAGCUUGUUCUCCAUCAGCCAUGAGUUUUGAGAACCCAGACAGCCUCUUUGGAAGCUUGAUCUCUCCCAUCAAACAAGAGGUGUUUUUCAGGGAGUACUGGGAGCAAAAGCCAUUGCUUGUUCAGAGGAACAAUCCCCUGCUGGCUGCCUACUACCAGUCCCUGUUCCAGUUGUCAGAUCUGAAGGAACUGUGUGGCCGGGGUCUGUACUAUGGGCGGGAUCUAAAUAUCUGCAGAUGUGUGAAUGGAAAAAAGAAAGUUUUAAAUAAAGAAGGCAAAGUGAACUACAUGCAGCUGAAGAAGGAUUUUGACCAGAAAAAGGCAACGAUACAAUUUCAUCAGCCUCAGAGAUUUAAGGAGGAGCUGUGGAAGAUUCAGGAGAAGCUGGAGUGCUACUUCGGGUCUCUGGUUGGAUCCAAUGUUUACAUGACUCCCCAGGGGUCCCAGGGCCUUCCCCCUCACUACGAUGAUGUUGAGGUGUUUAUCCUUCAGCUGGAAGGCGAGAAACACUGGCGGCUCUAUAAACCAACGGUGCAUUUAGCUCGGGAAUAUAAUGUUGAAUCAGAAGACAGGAUUGGGAAUCCCACGCAUGAAUUCAUAUUAAAGCCAGGUGACUUGCUGUACUUCCCAAGAGGGACUAUUCACCAAGCUGACACUCCUCCUGGGAUCCCCUAUUCUACACACGUGACCAUCAGUACCUACCAAAACAACUCUUGGGGAGAUUUCUUACUGGAUGCAAUUCCUGGCCUUGUGUUUGAUACAGCAAAAGAAGAUGUGGCACUGCGGACAAGCAUACCAAGGAAACUGCUUAUGCAGGUGGAUGUAGCUGACUCAACAAAAAAGGUGAGCAGCCUUUUGAGGCGGCUUGCAGACCAUCUGGAAAACACCAGAGAACUGAGGUCAUCUGACAUGAAGAAGGAUUUCAUUAUGAACCGGCUGCCACCUUGCUUGGGAUGCAACUCUGAUACUUUGACUCCAGGUGGGAAAUACCCCAAAAUUGAUAGCAAAAUCCGACUGCAGUUCAGAGAUCACGCAAUCGUUACAGUGGAACCAGACCAAGAGAACGCUGAUGAAGUUUGCAGAGAGAUGGUUUACGUGUAUCAUUCUUUAAAGAACAAAAGAGAAACUCACAUGAUGGGGACUGAAGAGGAUACAGCCAGUGAGGAAGGCACACCCCAGGUCUGUGCCCUGAACCACUUGACUACAGGUCUGCACAAACACACUGUAAAGGCAAAAUGGAACACGGCCUGUUCUUGUCCCAGUAAUCACAGCAAGGCUUUUUGGCUGACAGUUACUUUCCUUGUAAGCAGACUCAUGGACUGCGGUUUCCUUUGUCGUACUUGGAUGCACUGAAGCAGAUUUGGUGUAGCAGCACUGUUAGUGUUAAAGAGCUUAACCUUGCCUCAGAUGAAGAGAAGGAAAACCUUGCCUUGUCACUAUGGACUGAAUGUCUAAUUGAAGUUAUUUGAUGCUUUUGUGAAAAGCUGCUACUACAAGCAGUAUUUCUAGCCAUCAAGAAUCUCUCUUGAUUCUUGUUAUUAAAUGCCUUUUUAUACAUCCAGGUUUGUAGUGCUGUCUGACAAGGCAUUGCAAUAUAUACAUAUAUAUUGAUGCCAAAUACUUCCCUUAGCUUUGGGAAAACAGGCACUGGGAAAAAACAGGUAAGCUGCUUAGUGUCCAGUGACUGCAACUCUGGGUCUGUGACUGGAUGAAUCUACUCACAGUUAACACCAUAGUGCUGUGGUGUCCCCUUUCCUCUGUCUGUAUGCCUUCCUGUGGAGGACAUCUAAAAGUACAGAUGGAGCACGCUCCAGGAGCUUGGGCUAAGAACAGGAACUUUUGGUUUUUAAUGUGUAAAGUUCACCAGCAAGAAAACCCAUUUGUUCUGUUUGUUUGCCCCCAAAGAACAAAAGCUGCUCAGGAAAAGCUGUGGCCGUUGUUUCCCAAAGGGGUGAGGACUUUGCUCAAGAAAACCCCUUUCCUCUCAUCCUCAGAUGAGAGGAAACCACUGGAAUAAUCAAACUACUGUAACCACUGGUUGUAGUUUGUAAUCAGACUGUAUGGUUGUAUAGUUAGUAAUCAACCUAUAACCACAGGAAACCACUCGAAUAAUCAAGCUAUUUAAUGUCUGCCUCCAUUUAACAUGAAAGUAACCCAAACCUGUAACUGGAAUAUGUAUCUUCAAUGCUCAUUGAGUGGUGUUUGAUGGGAGCAGUGCAGGUACUGCAGAUACUGAACCUCAAUAUUUAAUAUCAUAGAAUAGUAAGGGUUAGAAAGGACCUUAAGAUCAUCUAUUUCCAACCCCCCAGUGUAAUGUCACAGUCACGUAUUCAGUAUCCUCAUCCCUUUUCUGUCCAUUUGAAAGGAAGGAUUUGACAGGAACAUGCUUUGCCACCUGCUGAAAACGAGAGUUGUAUUUAGUUUGUUUAAAAAGAAACCAACAAGCAAAAUGUUCCUCCUAAAAAAGUUUUAUACAAUUAAAAUAUACAUGCUUGGCAUUUUACAUUCGAGAUCUCUUCAGUACAAAAGCCUGCUUUUACUUUGCUCUUUAACACUGACACAAAGAGGAUUUAGUCAUCCUCGGUCUAAAAGACUAGAACGUUUUACACAGGCUUUUAAAAUUUCAGAGGGAGAGCAAGUCCCAUGCAGAACACUUGACACACUGACUGACUUACAUAGAACAGGCUAAACACGUGCUGUAGAAUAUAUACAGACAGUGGAAAAUCUGUUACUUAAACAGCUAGGAUAAUUUUAGAAUGUAAAAUAGUAAGUGCAAGUAGAUUUAUUUUUAAAUAAUACUAUAUAGAACUCCAUACAAAAAUAGACAUCCAUUUAUUUUAUUUCUGUGGCAAACUUAGGGUUAUGUGGUUGUAUUUCUUUUGGGGAUGUGUCUGCAUGAACAACUGGAAAAGUUACAGCUUUUGGAAACGAAAAUAUCCAUCUGUAGCUAACCUGAACUCUUUAAAUAGUUACAGAAAUACAUAACCUGAAUAUACAAAGAAGGAAAAAAAUACCUUUUUUAUGAAAUAGAUUAAUUUAGUGAUACUGAAACCAAAUGAAAUUACCAGUAAUCCAAGGGGACUUCACAUCAGGUUUUCAACAGCUGCCUACAGUUCUGCCCCUGUUUGCUUUUCAAGCCUGCAACAGCUGCACUCCAGUCAGGUAUUUGGUGCUGUCUGUCUCAAGUGAUAGCUCAUAAGGUGGCUGCACAGUGCUGAAAUUGAGGGAAGGGCCAGCACGUCCUUAUCCUCUGGGCUAAGAUGCCUGAGGUGUUGAUGAGCCACAGUAAUGUGAACAUGUAGUUACGCUGUUCUUUUUACAUUAGACAAGUUUGGAAAUAGCCUGCUAGCACCUUUGAAAAUACCCAUUAGGAAUUAUCUUCUGAAGGAAGAUGUGGUUUCAAGACCAAAUUACAUUAAAUUAAUCUAUAUACAGCAAAACAAAUUUU